UCUACUUCGCCCACAGACUUCUUCUAGGUAAAACGAGCUUCCCAGCGAAAAGGUUUGUUUGUCGAGGUUCAGAUCCCUGGUCUCUUCUUACAUCAAGGUGUCGUCAGAAUUGCUGUACAUGUUAACAAAGUCGUCCAUUCCUGCUGAGAUAAAUAUAAGGAGCUAUCUAUAUCUCUUCUCUACAUAUCUGAAUUUCAAUCAUCAAAAUGAUCCCAAUAACUCGAUCUGGCGUCCCUAUUCCUUGCAACGUGCUAUCCCGCCUCGUCGUGCCAGCACAAAGCAUCCCAAGAACAACCGCCCCGCGACCCUUCUUCUGCGGAGUGAGAUCGGAGGGAAAUAAUAAUGAUAUCACUAGGAACUUCUCCGCUUCAGCGCUAGCUAAGAAGGAAUCUAAAGUCAAAACGCUUUUGCAGGACAAGCAACAUGGGCUUGGAUUCGCGAGGUCAAAUCCAAUUCCUGCAAAGCCGAGGAAGCGGGGUGUCACGGAGAUUAGAGGGCCGUAUUAUUCGGUGAUGGGGAAAAGAUACCUGGCGGAUGUUCUUGAGACGAUGGGUUACUAUGUGGACGGGCUGAAAUUUUCAGGAGGCUCCUUUUCGCUCUUUGAAGAGAAGAAACUGAGGGAAUUGAUCGACCUUGCUCAUGAGCAUGGUGUUUACGUCUCCACGGGCGGCUGGGCGGAGCACCUCCUCACACACCACGAUGCGCCUUCUGUAAUGGAAAAAUAUCUGCAAAAAUGCAAAGAUCUGGGGUUUGAUGUUGUCGAGAUUUCUUCUGGAUUCCUCUCGAUUCCUGCAGACGAUUGGCUCCGGCUGGUGGAUAAAGUCCACUCGUAUGGUCUCAAGGCAAAGCCGGAGCUAGGCAUCCAGUUUGGGGCUGGCGGAGAUACUUCUGUCGCUGAGCUUGAAGCAUUCGGCACCAACGAUCCUGGAAAAUUGAUCAAUUUAGGCAGACGAUUCCUCGACGCUGGAGUCGAGCGGCUAAUGAUUGAGAGCGAGGGCAUCACAGAGAACGUCAGGUCCUGGCGAACGGAUGUGGUUUCACAGAUCAUGAAGGAAUUACCACCGGAGCAGGUUAUGUUUGAAGCUGCCGACCCCCGCGUGUUCAAUUGGUAUAUCCGUGAGUUUGGGAUCGAUGUGAACGUCUUCGUCGACCAUUCGCAAAUCGUGCAGUUGUCGUGUCUGCGACGUGGGAUCUGGGGUAUGGCAGACACUUUUGGCAAGGUUGUUUCAUACAGACCAGCAGAGUGAACCUGCCUGUACCCAGUUGGUUUUAUCCAUUGGGGUCUCGUAGUGGUGGUUUUGCAGCCCAUUGCGGCUUGUGAUAGAUCGACAUAAUCGUAAUAUAAAAGAUAUAUAUAUAUAUAUAUAUUAUUUAUUUAUUUAUUUUUGGC